ACAUAUGGCAAUGAUUUAUGGAAGCCUAACAGGUUUGUUUUUAUUAAAAGGCAAAUAUCCAUGGGCCGACAACUACCUAGAUAAGACACGGGCAAUUAGAAUGGAACUCGGUGACAGACCUGGGGAGGCAGGGGAUCACCACCUCCUUGGAUGUAUAUCCUAUCAGUCUGGUCUGUAUGACAAGGCUCAAGAAUACUUCAAGAAAUUCCUUACAAUCUUCACUGAAAUUGGCCACAAUAGAGGAGAAGCAAUCUCCUACGCAUGUUUGGCACAAUGUUUUCAUUCACUCUGUAAAUAUGACGUGGCUGAAGAUUACUUUCAAAAGGCACUCUCAUUGAGCAGGGAGAUUGGGCUUAACUUAGAAGAGUAUCAGUUUCUUCUUGCGUCAACAAAGUUGAAGUUAUCAAAAUCUGAUCUCAAAGAAGCCUUCUCGUAUCUUUAUCAGUGCAUCGAAAAAUUCGAAGCUUUGCGUGGUUUUCUGAAGGACAGCGAUCGGUUCAAAAUAUCUCUAUUAGAAAGGCAUGGCACUUUCCCCUACAAGUUGCCCGGUAAAUUGCUUUGUGACACUGGGAAGCCACAAGAUGCUCUCUAUGUUGAAAACCUAAUGCGGGCAAGAGGCCUGGCUGACUUGAUGGCAGCUCGAUACUCUGUUGAAGAACACAUCUGAGGCAAUACCAAUUCAUGGUGUGGUAUUCAAAAUAUUAUCACAAAGCAGACUAACUGUACCUGCCUUUACAUUUCACCUAGUAAGGCCAAUGUACAGUUUUGGGUUCACAAAGCAGCGGGAGUGGUUCGUUUCUCAAAAGAGGAAGUGAGCCUGGACAAAAACGUGUUGACGGGAUUAGUACCUGACUUGGAUGAGUUUUUCCGAAACAGUUUCUCCGACCCUUCCAAGGACAUCACUCAAACGAAACAUCUCUUGUGCUACAAGAUUAUCAUUGCUCCCGUGGUCCAUCUACUGAAGGAGCCUGAGAUCAUAAUUGUCCCUGAUCCCUGUAUGUACCAAGCUCCAUUUGCACCCUUAACUGAUCAAGAAGGUAAAUGCUUAUCCGAGACAAGAAGGAUCCGCAUCGUUCCCUCUUUGACAACUCUCAAGGUUAUCUAGGACAGUCCUCCAGACUACCACAGCCAGACUGGGGCGCUGAUAUUGGGUGACCCUAAGGUUGG